AUGAUCGAGAUCGCUGCCACUAACGUAACCACUGUUAAGUUUACGCUCGAAGUAGAUUUUAUACCAUGGGCCUGUAUAUCACGUGGCCAAUACAAUAACAUAGACAAGUACACCAUGAUUACAUGCACCGCAGACCAAGACGAUUGGUUAACUAAACCGUGGAAUAGAGUAAACAGUUGUGCCAACUCUAGUGAUCAGGCGGUAGGUGACAGACUCAAGAGCUGUGCCGGCCCAGGUGCCAAUGGGAACAGCUGUAUGGAGGAGACAAUUGGCGCUUAUAACGCAAUUAAUAGUUGGCAUAAUAUUAUUUUGUACAUUCUUUCUUACUCGUUAGCGCCGAUGGUUGUGAUCAAUGGUGUGGUAAAUACAGCAGCGGUGGACGACCUUAAAACUCAAGUGUGCUUGGCCAUUCCGAAGACCAAUAGGCCGAUCGAUUGUGCCAAUGUGACUGACCCCGUACCCGUAAAAUUACCUGUGAUCAUUGUACAGGUCUACUAUUCACCAUUGUCUCAGAGAUUCAUUGAUUUUAUGGCGCUCAACAGCGAGGGUAACGAUGAAAAUAGGAUUAUGAUUGAGUUUAUACCAUGGGGCAGGGCAAACAAGACCAGGGUCAAUAAUAAAACUCAGUACUUGUGUCCACAAGGCGAUAAUGACUGCAUGACUAUCAGACUUCAUGCAUGUAUAGCAAAAAAUCACCAAGACCAUUUGAAACAGCACGAACAAUUCCUUAUUAUUCAAUGCAUUAGUCAAAACACUACGAUGACUGAUCCCUUGGCCAAAGUGGCCUAUUGUGUCAGCAAAACUACUUCUAUCGACAUCGAUAAUAAAACUUAUAUCACUUGUGCCGGCAAUGAUAGCGCAGAUGGCAACGCCUAUAUGAACAAGAUGUUUGGUGCAACCAGUCAAUUAUACCCACUAAUUACCGAGGCUACGGAACCAAUUGUGCUAAUCAAUGGCAAGCGUAAUGUUAAGGCUGUAACUGAUCUCCGGACUGAAGUCUGUAAUACUUUCCCGAUGGAAAAUAUGCUAGAUUCAUGUAAAUUAGCGCAAGAGGCUAAGGGUUGCUCAACUGUAGCGCCCGGACACAAAUUUAAUGCCAAACCUAGUGCCGGUGCGACCGUCUAUGUUAGCAUGUUUACGAUAAUUUCCAUCAUCACC